AUGAACGUCAGCUCUCUGCAGGUGGAUUGGUACGCAGGAUAUGAGCAGUUUGUCAAGCGCAACCUGACUCUGCUCCCCGAACAGCAAGUGAUCCAGCAGCAGCAUCAACAGCUGGCGCAGCCCCAGGCAGACAUCAUGACGUCUAUGUUCGAUCAGCAGAUAAAAAGUGAACCGAUGGGAUUUUAUUCAGUGGCCUCGAGUCGCUCAGAUGGUUCCAAUUCGAUGGUUAACCUCUCGGACGAUCGGGAGGAACUUUCACAGCAGGAAGGCCAUCUUCAGCAACAGGAGAGUCAUCUGCAGCAGCAGGAGGCACAUCUGCAGCAGGAGGGACAUCUGCAUCAACGGGAGGGACAUCUUCAGCAGCAAGAUGGACAUCUGCAGCAGCAAAAUUUGCAGGCUCAUCAGCAACAACACGAGCAGCAUGAGCAACAUGAGGAUCAACAACAGGGACAGAGUGUCUCGCCAAGUCGCCAGUCCACUGGACAGCAAACUGUCAAAGAAGGCUCGAGAUCUAAACCUCAGCCUUGUAAAGUCUGUGGCAAAGUUUUAUCCUCUGCGAGUUCUUAUUACGUCCACAUGAAACUUCACUCGGGGAAUAAACCGUAUCAUUGCACGGUUUGCGAGGCUAGCUUCUGCAGAAAGCCAUACCUCGAGGUUCACAUGAGGACUCACACCGGGGAGAGACCUUUCCAGUGUGAACUGUGUCUCAAAAGAUUCACGCAGAAAAGCAGCUUGAAUACGCACAAGCGUGUACACACGGGUGAACGACCCUACGCUUGUGACAUUUGUCAGAAGAGAUUUGCUGUUAAGAGUUAUGUUACGGCGCAUCGUUGGAGUCAUGUUGCCGAGAAACCACUUGUUUGUGACAGGUGUUCCUUGACCUUCACGUCAAAGAGUCAAUUCGCGAUUCACAUUCGCACCCAUACGGCCAGCACCACCUUCGAGUGCAACAUCUGCGGACGCACCUUCGUCCGGGACAGCUACCUGAUUCGGCAUCAGAAUCGGGUGCACCGCGAGUUGAACCAGAACAACGCCAAUCAUAAUCCGGCAACCCCGCAGAGCAGCGGGGGUGGUACACCGGGCACCGGUUUCGAGAGUCCGGUGUGCGACCUGCGUUACAACGAGGGACCCUCUUCGUUGGAUGGACUCGGUCCCAGCAAAGGGGGCAUAGCCGCCGAGAUCGCUAGUUUAGCCAAGCAGAACAGUCUACAACUUCCUCUUCCUCUGCUGCAUCCGCAGACUACUAACUAGUGUUUAGACGGCAGCGCGUCUCAGCCUCUGCCGUUACAACAGUCACCGCAGCAAGUAAUUUGUCCCACCUCGGCGUCCUCGCCGUUUACUCUAAACUCACCCCUAUCUCACGAGCAUGCAACACCCCAGAGUGUCUACCAAACGACGGGAUCCUCCGGUCCCAUGGACAGUUCCAAUUCCCAAAUCUACUCUCACCUAUCGCCACCCCUCGACCCGUCGGAUUCGCACCAGUUGCACCGCGGAAUCCCUCCGCCAGGGUUGCAUCCUGCACUAUAUCUUUACGCCCAAUACACCAACACCAACCCCGCCAUUUCCUAUCCGGAAUACAUCCAACGCAAUAACUGAAAAUAAAUCCAUGCUAGCAUUGGUGAAUCGAUUUCAAUUCGAGUCUUGGAUUAACUUCAGGGUAGAAAAACUCUAGCUGAAUUGAAACGAUUACUGCAUUAUUUCUACUGAGAAUGGUAGUCGACUAUUUGGCUAUCUGUCGCCAAAAAUCAGAACAUAUAACGAGUUGGUCGAAUUUUAAUGAUGACUUUAAGGUUUCAUUUUGUAGAUAUGAAAUGUUUUGUUCAUAAAUUAAUACAAAUUUACUUUGAGUUUAUCUUUGCUUUAAGUAAGUUCAUUUAGGCUUAUAAUUUGUUGAAAUUUACAAGAAAUAUUACAAUAAUUUUUGUGAGAAAAGCUUUAUGCAAUAAUUGUUUUAAACUACACAAAACAAUAUUAACAACACUUUUAUACAAAAAUUAACAUGCAUCUUUUCUAAGAACCAAAGUUAACUCGCUUUCAUUCAAUAAUAAAUCGUAUUCUCCAUUUCGGUGAUAUUUAGGAAUAUCAUCGUUAAAUCUAUAGUCAUUGUUCGAUUUGCUUUCAAAUGUCGUCCCUGCAGCUAUAGUUUUUUUUUCUGAAAAUGGAACAGCCUUGAAAUUUUUAAGGUCUCGCAAAUAGAAAGCUUUGAACUCUAUUCGUUUCGAAUUUUGAUUUUUCUUAACACUGAAUUUUAGUUUUAGAAUUUCGUGGCUUCCAAAAUUGAAGACUUUCAUAUUUUUAUUUCCAUUUUUUUCAUUAUUGACUAUACACUUUCUAUUCUGAAAGAGGUUAACACUUUCUGCUUUUCUAUUUUAAAAAUUUUCCAAUCAUUUGACUAAUCGUUCAAAAUUCGAAAGCCUUUCUAAUUUAAAAGAAUUUGUAUUGUUAAUGCUUAAUAAAAUUUACAGACUAUACAUUUAGAAUAUUAGAAAGUAUGACAACCUUUCAAACUAAAGGUUUUCGAUUUGAAUUAUUACGUGUUGAUGCUUUUUAAAUUACGCAUUAUCAACCGCUUUUGAUUUGUAUUAAAUUCAUAACUCUGGAUAAUUUGACUUUUUAUAUCGGUUUUAAAAACUUCUACGGUUAAGUGGGUAUUGCUUCGGCUGAGUCUCACACAUUGUGCAUAAAGGCAUUUUCAUUUUCUCUAAACAAAAAAAAUAGAGUUUAUAUUUAGACUUCUUUAGUCAUUGUAUACAUUUCAAGUUAAAUUUAUUUAUUGGUUAAUUUACAAUUUUCAUAUUUCAAAUAAUCUAAUGCUGUAAAAAUUAUAGUUCUUUAGUAGGAUAUUUCCUUAUUAUACGAUUGUAAAAUUUAUAUUUACUUUUACUUUAAAUAUUUUCGAAAUGUGGAUGCUUUCUAAUUUUAA